AUGACUCCAGAAGAGUUAGCAAAACGUGAAGAAGAAGAAUUCACUACAGGCCCCAUGUCGGUAUUAACCCAAUCUGUACGUAAUAAUACUCAGGUAUUGAUAAACUGCCGCAACAAUAGAAAACUUUUGGCAAGAAUCAAAGCAUUUGACCGACAUUGUAACAUGGUAUUAGAAAAUGUACGGGAAAUGUGGACUGAAUUACCUAAAACCGGCAAAGGCAAAAAAAAAGCAAAAGCUGUUAGUCGAGACAAAUAUAUUUCCAAAAUGUUUCUGCGUGGUGAUUCCGUUAUUUUAGUUGUCAAGAACCCUAAAGAAGCUGUUCGACAACAACCGCCGGCCCCUUGA